GUUUAGAACCGACCCCUUUUCCGAUUUUUAUUUUCUAAGAUUUUAACAUUCGCUAAACUGGCAACACUGGUGCGGCGAGGACGGCAAUCUGGGAAUGUAUUUUCAACAUGGCGGUACGCUGUUGUGUUUGACAUUUGAUCGCCGCCGAUAAAAGUUGCUAAUUUCCGCCGAAUUCGUGAUAGUUCCGCCCGUAAAAGAUUGUCCCCGAGUUAUUGAUGGUGUGAAUUACCGGAAUCGCCUACGACCAAAACGCGAACUUUGUCGAUUGCUGCCAUAAACUCGUUUUAAUUCCGGUCAGUGAAUCCAACCUAGCGCCUGUGGAAGAAAAACAACACUGCUUCAAGUGAACGACGUCGUUCUGUCCGAGAGAAAUCGGUGAGACAGAUAGCAACUUGUGCGCAUGCAUCACCGUAUGCGAGAGCGAGAGACUACUGUCAAACGUCACUGUUUACUUGGCUUUCGGGUGAGUGAGUGAGCGACUCGCUGUUUGUUGAUUUCGCGCUCUCUGCCCAACGAAGCACUCACUCUCGAAGAACGUUAGUCAGGGAUUGGAAACUCGGCAUGAACGUCUCACAGCUAUGAACGUGGUCUAGCAGCGAGGAAGUCUGAUUUAUUAAUUAAAGGAAAUCAAUACCAGCCUUUUAACUUUAAAAGUUAUUGAAACACGCUCAAAAUGGGUGAUCAACGAUACGUUACCGAAAUACCGAGCAGUUUAAAACAACUCGCCAGAUUUGUCGUACGCGGUUUCUACACCCUUGAAGAUGCUCUAGUAAUCGACAUGCUGGUGCGCAACCCUUGCAUGAAGGAAGACGAUAUUUGCGAGCUAUUAAAAUUUGAACGCAAAAUGUUGCGCGCUCGAAUAGCAGUGCUAAAAAACGACAAAUUCCUGCAGGUUCGACUUAAAAUGGAAACUGGUCCAGAUGGAAAAGCUCAGAAAGUUAACUAUUAUUUCAUCAACUACAAGACUUUUGUAAAUGUAGUAAAAUAUAAGCUAGAUCACAUGCGCAAACGAAUGGAGACCGAGGAACGUGAUGCAACCAGUCGUGCCAGUUUCAAAUGUCCUGCGUGUAAAAAAACUUUUACUGACCUAGAAGCUGAUCAGUUGUUUGAUUUCACCACCGGAGAAUUUAGAUGUACGUUUUGUGGAAGUACGGUGGAAGAGGAUAGCUCAGCACUACCAAAGAAGGAUUCUCGUUUGUUGUUAGCUAAAUUCAAUGAGCAAUUACAACCAUUAUACGAUCUGUUGCGGCAAGUUGAAGAUAUCAAGCUCGCUCCGGAAAUAUUGGAACCCGAACCGGUGGACAUCGAUACAAUUAGAGGUGUUGCCAAGCCAACUAAUAGACUUCCAACGGAACAGUGGUCCGGCGAAGCAACGCGCUCCAGCGGGUUCGCUGUGGAGGAAACACGAGUCGAUGUUACAAUUGGAGAUUCUGACGCCGUCGAAACUACUACUCAACGAAAGGAUCGUCCAGUAUGGAUGACAGAAUCAACCGUCAUCACCAACGAUGCUGAAGAUAACUCCGUGGAAUCGAUACUCGAAAAGGCUGCGUUCACUUCUACGCAAUCAUCGGCGGCGGCUACUAAUACUAACGUUACCACGUCUUCGCGUAGUCGUAAAGAAAACGACGAUAUUAUGUCGGUACUGUUACAGCACGAGAAGCAAAGUUCACGAAACACUACAAAUGAUGCUAUACGUGGAUUGGGUCUCAAUAACGACAAUUCGAGCGAUAGUAGCGAUGACGAAAAAGAUAUCGAUAAUACAGAAGUGCCCACUGUGGAAAUCAUGGAUACUGAUUCUGACGACGACACGCCAGUCGUGACGGUAGCUGGACGACCGUACCCUGUAGAUGAGAUCAACGACACGCUGAUAGCUGAAAUGACACCACAGGAAAAGGAAACCUACAUCCAGGUGUACCAAGAUCACUUUAGUCAUAUGUACGAUUAGAUAGUUUCAAAGUGAACAUAAAUAAAACAAAAUGUUGAAUUUUUACAACUAU